AUGCAGGACACUGAAAGUCAUCAAGAAACCUUUGUUGGACAAGAGCUUCAGAAUACCAGCACAGACUUAACACUUACCAACCCAGUAAGACGUGGCAUAGUGGUGGACUGGAAUUGUGUCCAAGAUACUUUGGAGUUUAUUUUCCAGACAGAGAUGAGGAUUCAGACAGAUGACCAUGCUGUUCUGGUGUCAGUGCCUCCCCUGCGUUCCAUCACUGACAAGGAGAAAUAUGCUGAGGUGAUCUUUGAAAGAUUCCAUGUUCCUGCCAUCCACCUUGCUUAUCAGCCCCAUUUAUCCAUGUAUUCUUAUGGAAAAACCUCAGCUCUUGUGGUAGAAAGUGGCCAUGGUGUUUCACAUGUGGUUCCCAUCGAUGAAGGUUACAUUAGUUACAGCGUCAUUAGGAGGGCAGAUUAUGCUGGCUUGGACAUCACACGUUGUCUCAUGGAGUCACUAAAUGAGUCUGGAAACAUGUUCACAGAGCAUGAGCUAAACAUCAUACAAGAUCUCAAAGAGAAAUGUUGUUACACUUCUCUGGACCUUGAACAGGACUUGAGUUUGCCACUUGAGAAACAACAAAUGGAUUAUGAGCUGCCAGAUGGACGCCUUCUCACUGUAGGCAAGGAGAGAUUUCUUUGUGCUGAAACGCUCUUCAGACCCACCUUAUUUGGCUCAGAGCAGCCAGGGCUUUUGGAGCUGAUAGUCAGCAGUCUCAAAAAAUGUGAUGCCUACCUCAACAAAAAAAUGAUGGCGAAUAUCCUGCUGUGUGGGGGCAGCACCAUGAUGAAAGGCUUUGCUGAUCGCUUCCAGAUGGAACUGGCUAGGUUGUUCCCCAGUGACAACAUCACCACAACUGUGUCCCCUCAGAGGAAGUCUUCUGUCUGGAUUGGUGGAUCUAUUCUGGCCUCACUCAACUCUUCCCAGGAUCUCUGGGUUAACAGGAGUGAAUACGAAGAACAUGGUCCUUCCUGCAUUUUUAAAAAGUGCUUCUGA